AUGGGUGGCUGCAUGUCCACCCCCGAAGCCCCCAAAAAGGCCCAAGAAUCAAAACACACCUCCUCCUCUACAUCCUCCAGGUCCAAACCCCCGGCGCAGACGACGUCUUCCAACAGCGGUCUCUCUCCGACGCAGCCCGCACAUCCGGCCGAGGCGGGCACGCCGAAUAGUGCCGCUGGGUUUGUUGGGAAUGGAGCUGCGGGAGGUGCUGGGGGUGGUGCGGCGGGGGGAUCGCAAGGGCUGGCAGCGGCGCUGGCAGAGACGGAGCCGGUGGCGCCGGAUGCGAGAGGGAAUAGGGAUAGGAGUAAUCAGAUUGACAGGCAGCUGGAAGAUGAUCAGAGAAAGUUUAGGAAAGAGUGCAAGAUCCUGCUGCUGGGAUCGGGCGAGUCUGGAAAGUCGACCAUUGUCAAGCAGAUGAAGAUUAUCCACCAGAACGGAUACUCGAAAGACGAGCUACUCACUUUCAGAGGUAUCGUCCACAAGAACGUGCUAGAUUCUGCCCAGGCAUUGAUCAUGGCCAUGCGCAAGAUCGGUGUCGACCCAGAAGACGCCAACAACAGAUCAUACGCCGAUAGGAUCCUCGAAUACCGCAUAGACGCCGACCCCUCAUCCACCAUCCCCGCCGAAAUCCUGUUCAACAUUGAAUCUCUCUGGCACGACCCCGUCAUCCCAGCAGUCAUGGACCGUUCCUCUGAAUUCUACCUCAUGGACUCUGCCACCUACUUUUUCGCCAAUAUUCGCAAGAUUGCGGGGCCGGAUUAUGUACCGGACGAGGCGGAUGUGUUGAGAGCGAGGACAAAGACGACGGGUAUCAGUGAGACGAGGUUUAAUAUGGGGCAGUUGAGUAUUCACAUGUUCGAUGUGGGAGGGCAGAGGAGUGAGAGGAAAAAGUGGAUUCAUUGUUUCGAAGCGGUGACGUCCAUCAUCUUCUGUGUGGCCUUGUCAGAGUACGACCAAGUAUUGCUGGAAGAAUCAGGACAAAAUCGAAUGCAAGAAUCUCUAGUCCUCUUUGAAUCCGUCAUCAACUCCCGCUGGUUCCUCCGCACAUCCGUCAUCCUCUUCCUCAACAAGAUCGAUCUCUUUAAACAAAAACUGCCGAAAGUGCCUCUUGUCAACUAUUUCCCAGAGUACACUGGAGGCGCCGAUAUCAACAAGGCAGCCAAGUACAUUCUCUGGAGGUUUACACAGACGAACCGCGCGAGAUUGUCAGUGUAUCCGCAUCUUACGCAGGCUACUGAUACUUCCAACAUCCGAUUGGUGUUUGCGGCGGUGAAAGAGACGAUUUUGCAGAAUGCGUUGCGGGAUUCUGGCAUUUUAUAG